GCGACUUCCAAAUUUACUCGACGAUACGAACUUCUCCGUCCGGACUUCCGAUAGGGCCGAGACGGCUCCGCUUACGGCUACGACUUCGAGGGGUGGCGUUGGCUUGGGGGAGCAGCCAUGGCCGCUCAAUCCUUCCAUCUUUCUCGCCUUCCGCUCCCAAGAAUGACGGAAAGGGGAAUUUCCAUCCUGUUCUCUGCGCGCUCGUGCUUACCGUUUGAUCCUAGGUUUUCAUCUACUUUGCUUUGCUCUGCACGCCAUUGCAAAGCCCCUAGGAAGCUUGUAUCUUGGCUUUCCACUGCCAAAGAGUUUGCCAGGCUGCAAUACGCUACAAAAGGAGACUAUUUUUCCAGCGGGUUGGAGAAUUUGCAGGGGUCAAAUGUCCUUGAUGGACCAACUACUUCACUGAAUGAGAUGAAUGAAUUUGAGAUACAGCUAAAUAAUCUAUUUCUUGAAGUUAGAGCCAAGAUUGAGAAGGGGCAUAUCAAUGAUGCUUUAAAUCUACUUAAAGCAAAUUAUGCAGCAGUAGAGGAGCAGAUAAAUGGUGGCUUUAGGGGCAUAGAACAAGCUGCUAUUCUUGAUACCCUAGCGUUAGGGUUCAUAGGUGCAGGUGACUUAAAAAAUGCCGAGCAUCUGCUGAAUAUGUUGAAAGAAAUAGUAGAUGAUCUACAUGAUGACACACUCUUAUUGGAUUCAAUAUUGAUGCACAUGGGAAGUGGUUACACUACUUUGGGAAAGUUUGACCAAGCAGUUUCUUUAUAUGCAAGAGGUCUCAAGAUCAUAGAGCGAAAGUUUGGAAUCAACAAUCCUUUUAACAUAACACCUCUUAUGGGAAUGGCAAAAGCAUUGGGUCUUACUGGAAGAGCCUCAGAAGCUGUAGCACUUUAUGGUCGGGCUAUUUAUAUUCUGGAGAAUGAGAGGGGAACUGAAAAUGAAGAACUUGCAGUUCCUUUAUCAGUGCUUGGUAAUCUUUUAAUCACUGAAGGAAAGGCAACAGAUGCUGUAAGUUGCUUCAAGAGAAUCGUAGAUAUUUACAGGAAAGUGUACGGAGAAACUGAUGGAAGGGUGGGAAUGGCUAUGUGCUCUUUGGCAUAUGCUAUGUGUGCAAAGGGAGAUGUGAAUGAAGCAAUUUCCAUGUAUGAAGGUGGUCUCCAGAUAAUCAGAGAUACAAAAUAUAUGUCUGUAGAUGACAAUUUGUUUGAGAAAAUGAGGACUGAUUUGGCAGAAUUGCUUCAUGCUGCAGGAAGGGUACAGGAGGGAAGGGAACUACUCGAGGAAUGCUUACUUGUCUCAGAAAAGAACAAAGGGUUAGAACAUCUUAGUUCAGUAACUCACCUUAUUAACCUUGCUAUGUCAUAUUCUCGUUCAAAAAACUUUGUGGAGGCAGAGCGCUUGCUCAGAACAUGUUUGAAUAUUAUGUUGAAAUCAGUGGGUCCUAAAGAUCAGUCAAUUACAGUCCCUAUGUUACACCUUGCUGUUACAUUAUACAACUUAAAACGAGAUGAAGAAGCUGAGCUUAUUGCUAUAGAAGUAGUACACAUCCGUGAGAAUGCAUUUGGAAAGGCAUCUCUUCCAGUAGGUGAAGCCCUUGAUUGUCUUGCAUCAAUUCAGAUGAGACUGGGGAAAAAUGAUAAUGAUGUGUUAGCAAUCCUCAAAAGAGUGUUGACAAUUCAAGAGAGCGAACUAGGUUAUGAGAGUGAGGAGGUUGUGACAACAUUAAAAAAGGUUGCCUUUUAUGUGGAUAAAAUGGGAAAGAGGGAUGAGAAACUGCCUCUUAUGAGAAGAUUGUCUUUUCUCAAAAGCAAAUACAAGAAGAAAGUAUCAAUUUGAGGCAAGGCACUACAGUAUGAUAUGCCAGUUUUUCUAUGCAACUACAUCUUCAGACUAGUAUCAGCCAUGCAACUCUUGAAGCUACCACCUACUCCUCAUUGUGGACAUGUGGAAAUCUUCUUUAGCUCAAGCCAAUCAGAUUGUAACAAAUUAUGCAGCGAGAAACAUAGUGAAAUUGGAAUGAGAUGAGAUAUAUGCUGCAUAGCCAUCAUGUAUAGAAUGCAUCGAGAGCAUGCUUACUCUGACAUGGAUUCUCUUUCAUAGCUUGAAACAAACUUCUGGUUGUUAGCUCAAUGGAGAACAUCAAUUCAAGUAAUUCAUGAUUUAAUUAUAAUUGAGAUAGGCUAGAGCAUAAAUUUGAAUUCUAAUUUAUGUAGAUGUAUCAUCUUUAACAGACACCAUGGGAGUUGCACUGAUGUAUUUGAUUUGAAAGUCCAAUUUUUUUUUAAACAUAAA